AUGAAAUCUAAAUUAUCACUGAUUCUCCUUUUCGAAUCUUCUAUUUUCUAUCCUAAACUAUUUUUUGCUGUUGAUCCCUUCCCAGUUCUUUCAAUUUUCUAGGUAUACGUAUAUAAGACCUAGAAACAAUAUUUCAAAUUUCACGACCGUGAUUCGUGACCUUUAGAGGUCGUUUAAAUUUACAAGACUGUCGUUGUUUUAAAAUUAGUUCAAUAUCAGUAUUUUCUCUACAGGAAUACAUUGCUAUUUGUUGAAUUAAUAGUUAGUGGGUCUCAAUGAAUGUUAUAAUCUGUUAAAUUUUAAAUUUCAUUUAUAAUGAAUAAUUAAAUUUCUGAAUGUUGAAACAUCAUACAAAAAAAUAAUAAAAUAAAGUUGUUUCUUCAGUGCACACAUUUGGUGAUUAUAAAAUUAAUUAUGGAAGAAGAGCAAAAAAGGUUCAUAGAGCGUGGCUCUCACAAAGGGAAAGGGCUAGCGGUUUUUACCAGUGGUGGUGAUUCUCAAGGAAUGAAUGCUGCAGUUCGUGCUGUUGUUCGUAUGGCCAUAUACUUAGGUUGCAAGGUAUUUUUCAUUAAAGAAGGUUACCAAGGUAUGGUUGAUGGUGGAGACAAUAUAGUGGAAGCCAAUUGGUCUUCAGUAUCAUCAAUAAUACAUAAGGGUGGUACUGUUAUUGGUUCAGCACGUUGUAUGGAUUUCAAAGAAAGAGAUGGCCGCUUGAAGGCGGCUUGUAAUUUAGUAAAACGUGGUAUAACAAAUUUAGUAGUUAUUGGAGGUGAUGGAUCUCUUACUGGAGCCAAUCUUUUUCGUCAAGAAUGGUCCAUUUUAUUGGAUGAAUUAUUGAAAAAUCAGCAAAUAACUAAAACUGAACGAGAAAAAUAUGCUCAUUUGAACAUUGUUGGUAUGGUAGGUUCUAUUGAUAAUGAUUUUUGUGGCACAGAUAUGACUAUUGGUACAGAUUCAGCACUUCACCGUAUUAUGGAUGCAAUAGAUGCUAUAGUAUCAACUGCUUAUUCACAUCAAAGAACAUUUAUUAUGGAAGUGAUGGGACGUCAUUGUGGGUAUUUAGCUCUGGUCACAGCAUUGGCAUCUGAAGCCGAUUUUGUGUUCAUUCCAGAAUGGCCACCACACCAAGAUUGGGCUUCAAAAAUGUGUAAAAAAUUAUUACAGGAACGUACUGCAGGUCAAAGAUUAAAUAUUAUUAUAGUAUCUGAGGGUGCUAUUGAUCGAGAAGGCAAACCCAUCACUGCAGAAAUGGUAAAACAAGUCGUUGUUGAAAAUUUAAAACAAGAUACUCGUAUUACAGUCUUAGGUCAUGUUCAAAGAGGUGGUGCACCUUCUGCUUUUGAUAGAGUUCUGGGAUGUAGAAUGGGUGCUGAAGCUGUAAUGGCUUUAAUGGAAGCUACUCCUGAAACUGAAGCUUGUGUUGUAUCCUUGGAUGGAAAUCAAGCAGUUCGUUUACCAUUAAUGGAAUGCGUAGAAAAAACCAAGGCAGUUGCUAAAGCUAUGGCUGAUAAACAAUGGGAGUUAGCUGUACAAUUAAGAGGAAGGAGUUUUGCUAGAAAUUUGGAAACUUAUAAAAUGUUGACACGAUUAAAACCUCCACGAUCAGCUUUCGAUGAAAUGGGACGUGGACUAAGCUUAAAUCGACAAGACACCUUAUGGGGUCAGGAAGGAUAUACCCUUGCAGUGAUGCAUAUUGGAGCUCCAGCUUGUGGUAUGAACUCAGCUGUUCGUUCAUUUGUACGUAAUUGUAUUUAUAGAGGUGAUACUGUUUAUGGAAUUCAUGAUGGAGUUGAAGGUUUAGUUGCUGGAAAUAUUCAAGUGAUGCAAUGGUCAGAUGUUACGGGUUGGGUUGGUCAAGGUGGUGCAAUGCUAGGAACAAAACGUACAUUACCUGAGAAACGAAUGUCUGAAAUUGCAGCAAGACUUAAAGAAUUUAAUAUUCAAGCUCUUUUAAUAAUUGGAGGAUUUGAGGCAUACCAAGCUGGUGUUCAGUUAGUUCAGAAUCGAAAAAAGUUCCCUGAAUUUUGUAUACCAUUGGUCAUAAUACCAUCAACUAUUAGUAAUAAUGUACCUGGAACUGAAUUUUCUUUGGGUUGUGACACUGCUUUAAAUGAAAUUACAGAAAUUUGUGAUCGAAUUAGACAGUCUGCUCAAGGAACUAAACGUCGAGUAUUUGUAAUUGAAACUAUGGGUGGAUAUUGCGGUUAUUUAGCUACUGUUGCUGGUUUAGCUGGAGGAGCAGAUGCAGCAUAUAUUUAUGAAGAGAAAUUUACCAUUAAAGACUUGCAAAAUGAUGUAUAUCAUAUGGCUUCAAAAAUGGCUGAAGGUGUUCAACGUGGUUUAAUAUUGAGAAAUGAAAAGUGUAGUGAAAAUUACAAUACAGAUUUCAUUUUUAGAUUGUAUACUGAAGAAGGAAAAGGACUCUUCAGUACUCGCAUGAAUGUUCUUGGACAUAUGCAACAAGGCGGUUCCCCAACUCCAUUUGAUAGAAACAUGGGAACAAAACAGGCAGCAAAAUGUGUUGAAUGGCUUGUUGAAAAAUUAAGAGAAUCUACAAGACCUGAUGGAACCAUCUAUACAGAUGUUCCUGAAACAGCUGCUAUGAUGGGUGUUAUUAAACGGCAGUAUCGUUUCACACCAUUAACUGAUUUAGUACCAGUUACUAACUUUGAACAAAGAAUACCUAAGACCCAAUGGUGGUUGAAAUUAAGACCACUUUUACGUAUACUUGCUAAACAUGACAGCGCUUAUGAAGAAGAAGGUAUGUACAUAACAGUUGAGGAAGGAUUGGAAGCAGACACAUUGUUAGUGUGAUGAAAUAUGUAUAACAUAAAUUCUUUUAUAAAAUUAUCAGUAAAAUACAUAUGGAACAUGAUAAUAACUAAUUUAGUAACUACAUUUAAAUUUUAAUAAAAUAAUUUUGGAUAUAUAUUAUGCUAGUGAACACUCUAGUCAUCUUGUGUCAUUUAGAUUAUCCAUUUGAAAAAAAUUAUCAUUAGAACUUAUUAAUAAUGAUUUUGUAUAAAUUAAUUUUGAAUCAGUCAUUUUAGUACUUAUGAAAUAAUAUAUUGUAAUACAGUGUCCUAAACGUUGUUUUCUAUGUUGUAAAUGGAUAUAAUUUAUAUUUAAUUAUUGCUAUGUUUUUGUUUUAAUACUUCUUCCAAUUACAAAAUAUCUGUUAGUUUUGAAUUUUUGUAUGUUGAAUUUCUAGUUUAAAUAAUGAUCAAUAAUGUGUGCUAGUUAAAUAAUAAAUAAAUAAUUAGUAGCUAUGCA